UCAUAGCUAAUUCUUUUUUAAUUACAUUGUUUUAUUAUUUUCCCUGUUUUCUUCAAUCCCCGUUUUCUUCUUCGGCUACGUCUCCGAAGUCAAUCCCCCGCAUAUACUCUCUCUCUCUUCUUUUUUUUCUUUCUUUCUUUCUAUGGUUUCCUCUUCUCUGACAAAAUCCUAUUUUGCUCAAAUCUUCUUCCUCCCGACCUAGGAUUUUCAGAGAAGUCUGUUGGGCUUUCUAGGGUUUCUCGAGCUGGAUCCAUGCACUGCUGGUUCAGCGGCUUCGUUGACAACUAAAUCAUUCUUGUAUUCCAUUUCUUUUUUCUUCUUGAAUCUUUCUGGCGUUCUGGUGUUCAUUGGUUGAAUUGUUUUUAGUUAUGGUUUCUCGAUUGAGGAAGGGUUGAUUGAUGUCUUCUUGAGCUGUUGGUUCUGUUUACUGAGGCCUUUUUCGAUUUGAAUGUCAUUGGGGGAUUUGAUGGCCUCCAGGUUUUCGCAAUCUUUGGUGGCGGUUGUUUCGAAACAGUUGGAAGAAGAGUACGUUUCGAGCCAUGAUGAUGUUGAUUUAAGUUCGCAAAGAGUGGAUUCGGAGACUGCCACUACCACGAGUAUGGCUUAUUUGCCUCAAACAAUGGUUUUGUCUGAAUUUCGGCAUGAGGCUUGUCUUCCCAUCGGUCCAUCAGGUAGUGGGUUAGUCUCAAAAUGGCGACCUAAAGAUGAGUUUACUCUUAUCUUUUCAACUAAUUUCAUUUAUUUCUCUUAAUUGUUUGUUGAAAUGGGGUUCUGUGAUGUACCUUCAUCAAUUUGAAAUUCAGUUGAUAUAUAACAUUGGUUGUGCCAAAUUGUGAGUAGAAUAACUACUAGUUUUUGUGAACCUUUACUUGCAGAUCCUUUUUCAAUGGCACCGCAGAAAGCUCUUAAAACAAUUGGGAAAAAUUUGAGUGCUCAGUAUGAAAGGUGGCAACCAAGGGUGAGGAUAUUAUUGGCUUGUACAGAGUUCAUAUAAUAUUUUCUUAGAUUGAAUUUUAUUUACCUUUGAAGAUCUUUGAGCAGGCACGAUAUAAGGUCCAGCCUGAUCCUACUAUGGAUGAAGUGAAGAAACUUUGUAAUACAUGUCGCCGAUAUGCCAAGUCUGAGAGGGUCCUAUUUCAUUAUAAUGGCCAUGGUGUGCCUAAGCCGACUUCUAGUGAAGCUUCAAUCUUGGUUUCAAUGCCCAAAUGGUAAAUGGGAGCUUGCAAAAAUAUUGUCAAUCUCAGGGACCGAAUCUGUCAUUGCAUUGCCUGAUGAGAAAGUUUUAAAGGUACAAACUGAAAGUUUGGUCCCAGCAAAUCCUGAUAUCCUUGAUGGUGUAGAUGAUCUCAUGUAGCUAAGUUAUCUAAAUGAGGAAAUCUUCCCGGUGCUGAGAAUCUGG